AGCCGGUUAGUAAUGUACAGUGGAUAGAGCCUUUCUUUUAAAUCCCAGGGCAGCAGGUCCUUCAAGGCUAGCAUUGCAAUUUCAAUUAGCUCCUGAGUGAAAGCUUGGCAUGUGUAUUAGUGAGCAGGGACACAAUUAGCUUAUUCUUCCUUUCCGUGUUGUGUUGAGAGGAUCCAAAGGAUUGGUGGUGGAUCAGGCAAGCCAGGCAUCACUGCAUUUUGAAGAAGGGAGUUGCUCAGACUUCGACAUCUUCACUUGCUCACGCUGGAAUUACAGAGAUUUAUUACAAAGCACUGUGUGGCUUGGUGAAGGGUGCCUCGGGAGACACUCUGGAUAGCACUUGAGCUCUGUCUUUCUGAGUGCUUCACUGCUCUGUCUUAGUCUCAUCAUUAGCAUGGAGCCCAACAGCCCCAAAAAGAUACAAUUUGCUGUGCCUUUAUUCCAGAGUCAGAUCGCUCCAGAGGCAGCGGAGCAGAUCAGGAAAAGAAGACCAACACCAGCAUCCCUUGUGAUUCUCAAUGAGCAUAAUCCCCCAGAAAUUGAUGAGAAGAGGGUGACUAACACACCAGAAUCGCAGAAUGCAUCCCCUAAGCAAAGGAAGCAGAGUGUGUACACGCCACCGGCCAUAAAAGGAGCAAGCAACCAAGAAGAAAAGAAGAGAUGGGAAUAGUGAAAGGCAACUGGAUUAGGGGAAGAUGGAUCAGAAGAGAAAAGGGAUUGACUUGUGUGGCUACAACAGUCAACCGUACAAAACUAAGUCAUGACUCAGAGAUGUAUACACACAUACAGCAGCAUGUAAUGAUAUAAGUACUAUAACUGACUAUCUUGUCUUUGAAAACUCGAUCUUAGAAAAUGACUGUAAAUUAUCAUCUGUUUUUGUUUGUUUGCUUGGUUUUGUUCAUUUUUGGUUUCCUUUUGUUCUGUUUUGUUUAUUUGAAACUUCUUCCAGGAGAACUUUCCAGCCACAAGUCACUUACUGGAUAAUUUACUCUGCCUAACGUGUGAACUGUUGCUAUAAAGUAUGCAUACCAGGUUUUUUCUUUUACAGAGAUUUAUGUGAUGUGGUAUUAAAUUCUCUGGAAUAUGUCCACUGUGUUCUGGGGUAUUUUCAUUUUCUCCUCCAGGUGCAAAAACAAGUUGAUAACAACCAGAAGCUGGUUUGUCAGUACUGUACUCGGGCCUGAGCUUAGAAAAGUACAACACAAAUGUACAUGCCCCAGCACCCCCACCCCUCCUUUUGAACUCUUGACAGUGGACUGGACUGCCUUCUAAAGGGCUCUUGAAAUUUCAUACAUAAUGUGGACAUGCUUUCCAGAAAUGGUUUAUUAUUAUUUGUGCUGAGCUAUCUGUCAAGCUCCUUUCCAUGGUUUUAUUUCCCUCUAUAACUAGAAGGAAGAACUUGAAUUGAGAUAAAUUUUAACUGAAUUAUUUUAAGUUUUCUUCUUGUGAAACCUGAGUCCUGUAAUGGGGAGGCUUUCAAACACAUUUCCCUUGUUUCUGUUUCAAAUUCCACUGUGUUUAUUUAUCCUCUUGUUGCUUUUUCAAAUUCCAUUUGCCUUGAUUCAGUUGAGCUCCAGAGAUCUUUUAGAAGUUUACAUGAUUAAGUACUUGGGGUUAUAACAGUGAAAAAGUAUAGUAUCGUCCUUCUUGUAAAUAUAACUAGUAAACUGUGCUGGUUAAUGUUGACUUGAUUCCUUACAAUUAAUAAGGUGGAUUCACUUACAUUUCUUGGUUAUUAAUCCCAUUAAACAUGUAGAAAAGAUUCAGUUUAUAGAUAUGGGGACUUAACUCCACAGAAAAGAAGUGGCCUUGUGUGACCUUGUAACUUGACAAGCUUUUUAGCUUAUGAUCCAUGAGAGAAACCAUAAGAGUUGUAAACACAGAAAAGCUUACUUCCGUAGGAACCAUGCAUGACUCCCACGCUUCCUUCAAUGGGCUAGGGAACCACUCACAACAAAAUCUCUGGAGUUUAAGGCAUAAAACACAUGAUAGUUUCUGUCAUGUGGUUGGGUGGGAAGACCAAACUUAGCUUUCUUUGGCCUUGACUUAAACUAAGGUGAUUUAUGCAAAAUCCAACAAGUGAAACAACCUCUUGCAACAAGCUGGACAGUUAGUAGAUCUUCCUCCUCCUUUACCCCCUUGUCCUUCUCCUCUUCUUCCUUCUCUCCUUCUUAUCCACCUCCUCCUCCUCUUCCUCCUCCUCCUCUUCCUCUUCUUUUGGUUUUAAAGAAGGGGGUCUCACCAUGUAACCCUGGCUGGCCUGGAACUCACUACAUAGAAAAGGCUAGCCUUGAUUGUUGAGAUCUACCUGCCUCUCCAGUGGAAUGCUGAGAUCGGAGGAAAAUGCCACCACUCCUUGCUCAAUAUUUCAUUUAAAAAUACUUUCUAUUUUCAGAGGGAUGGAGAGAUGGGUAAAAGUACUUGCUCAGUGGGUAAGAGUACUUGCUCUGUAAGCAGGAGGACUUAAGUUCAAAUUCCAGAAUGCAAGUAAAUGUCAAGGAUGGCUGUAUGUAUCUACAACCCCAGCACUGGGGCAAAAGAAACACGUGGAUUCUUAAAGAUGGUUAGCCUUCCAGUAUAUGGUCGAGUGAAAGACUCAGUCUCAAGGUUGAAAGCAACAGAGAAAGACACCUGAGAUCUUAUUCUGCCUUAUGCAUGUGCACCCAUGGGCAUACAUCCUCACACAGAUACACACACACACACACACACACACACACACACACACACACAAAUGCUUAUGCCCCCCUCACCCACACAAAUUUCAAAGUUUUUUCUUAAAAAUAAACUUGACUAUCUUGAAAGGGGAGUGUUGUCAAGUUUGUGCCAAUAAGCAGUAAGAAUCACAAAGUAUAAAUUACAAAAUAAAUAUGAGGCUCAUCUUAAACACUUAUUACUACUUUACCCUUACUCUGCACAGAACUUGAGACAUGAUAAUUUUCUCUUACUGCUCCUAGACUCUUUCAAAAUACUGUAUUUCUCAAAAAGUACUGAAAGUAUGACUUUCUUUACUUGAAUCAAAGCAAAAAGACAAUGAGAACUUUAAUCACACAAAUAUCUGGCAGAUGGCUAAAGAGUCCUUCCAUCAUUUCAGGGAGUUGUCUUUUCUUUCUCUCUUUAUUGUUUCAAGAAACAUUGUUUAAGGCGUCACACAGAAAAGCAGGUUUCUCAUUUCAGUGGUCCUGCAGCAUGAGCUCUGUGGAUGGGAUUCCCUAAUCAUACUAAUUACGUUACCAUAUGUUGCUGUCUGCUUACUUCUUUUGCUCUAAUGAGACAUAGAUUUCUUAGUUUAGAUUUGUUACUUGGUUAUUGAAUUUUUUGAAACACUUAGGAGCCUCUUUAUUUGAUUUUGAGAAUAUUCUGUCUAAAAGCUUGGCAUGAAGGUCCAUGAGAUUAAAUACGAAUUGUCUGUCCUACUAAACAUCACAUUUGUAUGUCAGCUUAACCUUGCUUGUUGUAAUUAAAGUUUACAUUGGAAAUAGAUGAUAGCUAUAUUAAUUUUAAAAUGGUGUUUGUUGAAUGGACAGGAAAAAUUUUAAAAAUUAGACAUUGAUAUUAAAUUACCCCAAACUAUGUCUGUAUAAAUAAUUAACAUAAUAUUUCAAAGAAAAUAUAGUCAUCCAAGUCACUUUCUUUCUUUACAUAUUGUGAAAUUUAAGUGUGUGUCUAUUGAGAAAUAGGAAUAUGUCUAUGUAUUAGAUUCAUGCAUUUAAAUACACAUGUAAGUACAAGUUUUACAAUAGUAGAGUAAAAAUAAAACCUUUUUAAAGAAAGGAAACAAUCUGCUUUCUAUUAAAUAAAGAACAGUUCAUUAUUUA